AUGGUUGAAUUAACAUGGAAUAGAAGCUUGCAGCCAGCCUCGCGACCCUCGAGAACCGUAAAAGCAAUGGCGCCGCCGCCAGCCCCCGAGUCUCGUUUCGAGGCCUGCGCUUCGACAGCGUCGUUAUUCCUGUAUGCCCAAGGUUCGACAAUAUUAUGUCUCCAUCAUGAUACAUUAGCGGUGGAGCGGCGCUUUACAAGUCACCAGGAAAAGAUCGAUUUUAUCUCGGUAGACAACGUGAGCGAACGUGGCGCAGGGAGAUUGGUUGUGAGCUACGAUGUCGGCCAAACGGCGAUUGUAUGGGAUAUUUUUACCGGGACCGAAAUUGCGCGAUUUGCUUCUUUUGAACAGCUGCGAGUUGCGUCAUGGAUGCGGAAUGGGAAUGUCGCAUUUGGUAAUGGGAAAGGCGAGGUCAUUCUCUUUGAGCCUCCUACCUCGGAACAUAUAUCCGCGCGCACCAUCUUCGAUCCUAUCACAUCUCUUGCCCCGGCCACAGAUUGUCGUACUUAUGCGAUCGGCUAUCAAAAUGGAUCAAUCUUGAUUGCCAAUCUUCUCCCCCAAUUUACUAUACUCCACACACUGACUACUUCACGUGGGCCAUCCCCAAUCAUUUCAAUUGCCUGGCAUGCCUCUUCAUCGAAACAGAAAUCAGACAUGUUGGCAACGCAGGCGUCAAAUGGCGAUUUGAGGGUUUGGAGUGUGGCAAAGCCCCCCGGAAAAGAGUCGCCCAGGGUAAUUCGAGUCUUGAAACGGUCCGACUCAACCUCCGAGGAUCCUAAAUGGAUGUCAUGGUCUAAAAAUGGUCGAAUUGUGCAAUAUCUCGAGGGUGAAACAUGGUCUUGGGACGUUCGAACCAAGCAUGUCACUUAUGAGCCAAUUCCCACAGUAGAGGGAGUACGGGGUCUUGCAAGCUAUGGUCCUACAGCCACACUCUUUACUCUUGGUCCCCAAGACACUGUACAGCAGUAUGACUUGGAUAAUCCGGCAAUGGUUGCAAAUGUACAGCAUCUCCGAUUGAAUUCUCGGUCAGGAACAUCAGAAGGAAGUCGGUCACGGACAAUGUCUCCCGGGCGCUUGCAAGACGCCCCGGAGAUUCGGGAACGUGGAUCCGGAAGACGAACGCCAUAUGAUACAAAUGGAAUCGACAGCGCGAAGCAGCAAAGAUCGGACCUUGUCAGUCCUGCUUCAUCAAGGAGCCGAACGGAAUCUGUUAGCUCUAAAGCCUCAUCUGGGAGGUACAAGGUCGAGCGACCUUUUUCACCACCUAGCCGAUCUGCUCAGAGUGGUACUUCCUUUUCGAUGACAUCCAUUGGUCGCGAUACACCGCAACCAUCCGCCACCUAUCCAUAUGCUUCAUCCGUGUCAAUGUCAUCGGUGAAGAGUUCUCGUGUUGGAUCUCGAUUAAGAAACGAAGUCCAGAGGAGCCCCGCGGAGAAGAAUGUUGUCGACUUGUUUCCCUUCAUCCGAGCACGACUAAAUGAUGUUCCUUAUAAAUCACACCCGCCUAUCGAUGAGAACCAUCUGACACCCGAAGAUUUACGACAGCAAAUGUUGAAUGUUGUUUUUGGGUGGGAAGGAGAUACCCAAGACCUUAUUAGAGAUGAGUUGGCUCGACACGCACCGGAGAGCCAAAGUGCCGUUCUUUUGGCACAAUGGCUUGGUGAGACCGAUACGGAUCAAAUGGCUAGCAUGAUCAAGCCAGGGCAAGUGACUGGGUUUGACUGGAUGGUUCUGGCUCUGAGCCAAAUGAGUCGACAAGCGCAAGCGAACAAGGUUGGACAGGCAUUCGUGCAAAAGCUGCUAGAAAUGGGAGACAUUCACACGGCAGCCUCUAUCCUAUUAGGUCUCGGUGAUAUCAACGAUGCUAUUGAGGUCUAUGUCUCUCAAAAUCAUUUCAUGGAAGCAAUUUUAAUGACCUGCCUUUUCUUACCAUCGGACUGGCAACGUCAGUCAUACCUUGUUCGUCGAUGGGGAGAGUAUGUUGUUUCGCAUUCCCAACAACAACUCGCAAUCAGGUGUUUCAUGUGCACUGGUGCUGAGCCUACUGAGCCUUGGACCUCUCCUGCUGCUCAACAGGCUGCCUCAUUUGCAGAGGUGAUUAGAGGAAAGUCACCACUUGCCUCCCCUGACCUCAACCAACCUCAUAGCGCAGGCCUACUCGUGCCACCUCCACCUCGCCCAAGAUCAGCUUCCAACCAACAACGUCAAGCUGGAAAAGGACCUGCUCUCAAGUUAAUCACAUCAUUCGACCCGCAGCCGCACAACCGCUUCAAAUUCCCAGGGUUGAAAUCUGAUGAUCGAACUCCAACAAAUGCACCUGGCGUCACCCCAAUCGCGGAAUCAGCCGUGGCUGACUCGGCUCUCGGUUAUGGCUCAACAUCGGAGAAUGAAGAUACAAGCGGCCACGAACAGAGUCGAGAUGAACAAAGUGAUAGUGGCUUGUUGACACUUUCCGCAACCGUAUACAACCCUGGGCAGGACUCGUUGAAGCCAAGUCCUCAGACUGCUGUACAGGCUAUGGACAAAUUUGCGUCCAUCAAGGGACUUCCAUCUCCCGCACCCGGUGUUUUUGAAGCCCUGAAAGAUCAUUCUGACCUCCGCAAUGGCUCGCGUGAUCGCAAGCCAAAUGGCCUCCAGAUUGACCUGGUAGAUGCAGAAGAAUGUCAGCCAGAUCAACAUGAUCAGUCAGGCCUACUCCACAGUGCCAAGAGUGCCCAUAGCUAUGCUUCAACAACCAAGAGCCCGAGUGUUCGAAGCAUUGAUCAAUAUAUCAGCAGUCUGGACGAGGCAAGCUACCGCGUCCAUGCAAAGAAAAGUCAUAGUCAUCGUUCAAACGGCCGCGGGAGAAGAAACACAGAUGAAACUGCCAGCCAAGGCUCACGCCCUCAUCACUCUCGGGAAGCUUCCCAGGAAGUCCGUGGCCGGAAUGAGCGUAGAUAUAUACAACCAGCCAAGCGAUCACCUUCCUCGCCAGUGCCCAUGUCACCUGAAGAAUUGGCGCAGUAUGAAACCGCAGGCCCUGAAAAAGUCGAUGAAUCCGGAAAGAAGUCACGCUCUCGCGCUAGGAGUUCAAGCAAGAUGAGAAAUCCAGGAUCACGCAGUCGCCAACGCUCUUCUAGCAAACGCGCGGUAAAUCGCGCUGGGAAAGAGGCAUCAUCCCGUGGCCGUAGUGUUGAUCGUCAAGGAUCUACUAUGAGAUCACCAUCUUCGCCGCUUCCCAUGUCGCUGCCUAUGACACUUCCCAACCACGAGCCUGCCAAAUCGAAUGAGACAGAUGAUCCACUUCGAAUUGUUGCCGGGAAUCGGGAGCGGCUUCGUUCACAGCACAGAAGUGCCAGUCGUCGCCGUGCAGAGAGAGGAACUAGUUCUAGAAGAGAAGGGUCAACAGAGUCCAGACAUCGACCUUCCUACAGCCAACCGGAGAUUCGACACAUUCCGGAGCCAGAAUUACCCGCCCAACCCGCGGGGCUUGAAUUGCUGAGCAGCAAGACCUUUGGUCAGGAAGACACCUUCGUCCCUGUGAACAGCCAGGACGUAUACGAUGCCGACGCCGCUGCUGCCGCGGAGGAGGCCCAAGAUAUAGUGUCUCCCAUUGUAUCCCCAACUACCCCGUUUGUUAGCCUGGCCGAGAGAAAGAGGAGAGAGUUGGCAGCUGCAGAACUAGAAGCACGCCGACUCUCACUUGCCCGCAACCCUUCUGCUCCCAACAUCCCCUUCCCGGGUGAUCUGCAGUCCGCUAGAAGCCCAGUCUCUGUUCGAAGUCCUGUGGAAAGCCCUCCUCCAUUUUCGGGCAACUCCUACUUCCCUCGAGUUCCAUCUCGAAACAACAUCCCCCCGAGCAAGAACUCGCCAGAAUACCAAAGCGGAUCCGACUCCAGCUCUGGUCGCUCUGGUCCUCCUCUUGGACUUCCAGCAACACCACGAGCAAUGCGACACCCCAAAUACGGUGGUAAUGGCAUCGAGCAAGAGCGUCCUCCUUCUGUACCUGCACUUCCCACGGAUAGCUAUGGCGCAAUUCUCCUCUCUGAUGCACGAUAUCAAGGCGAAGCAGAAAGAAUUGGUCGGUCAAUGUCAGUCCCCAUGCCAGAAGGCCAAUUCAAGAAUUCUGCACCGGUGCCAACGGACAUCCCAAUGCACCCACGCUUCAACCCCAAUCUCCCUCGAAGCCGUUCAAACAGCCGUAGCCGCAACAUGAGUCAUCGACGCACGAGCUCCGGUGGUUAUAUCUCUAGUACAUCGCCGAGCGUCACGGUGAGCAUCGAGGAGACAAUCGAGGCUGCAAUGCACAGGAGACCAUCCGCACAUUAUGUCGAGACCAUCCCACCUCCACCUCCACCUCCGAUCCUCCCAGAGCUCCAACAUCUCAACACACCCCCUCCCCCACCUCCGAUACCCGGAUCCAAUGACCCCGUCUCGCCUCGUGAUUCCUCUGCUACCAUCGACGUUGCUAUUGACAGUGUCGAUAUGGGCCGCUUACUCCCCCGUGCCAUGACCGCCGCUCCAACAUUGAAUGCAAGUGAGGCCCGUCAGAGUAUCGGCCGGCGCAUGUCGUUCGAUCACCGGCGCAAUCGCAGCUCCAAUGAGAGUUUCACCAACAAGCUGCGCAGUCUAACCCGCAUGCGCAGUAACAGCCGAAGCGUGGAGCCUUGGACAACACACCAAUACGAGAACGAAAUGCCGUACGAAAGUGUGCAAUCACAUACUCUGGCACCCGGGCAGAGUUACGGCAUCUGA